AUGGCGGCGUUUAGCUGGGACUGGGUAGAGUCGUUGAAGCAGGCAGCCAGGGCCGAGCAAGUGCCGGCGGACUGGAAUGCGCGGACGGCCCGCACGCCCGACGCUGCAUGGCAAGCGGACGAUCAGCGACCAUCCACUCGUCGCAAGACGUCGCAUGCCGUCGCCCCCACAUGCAGCCCCGCAGCAGCCUCGCAGGACUUGUGGCGCCCCGUCUCUUCCGCGCACGAGCCCUCCGCGCUUCCCAUCCUCGAGCCCUCCACCAGACAUCGCUCCCCCUCCCCCACCUCCAUCCCCAUGUUCUUCUCCCCGCAGUCCCCGCCCUCCGCACAACCAUCCUUCCCCCAACCAGCUACGCCGGUCCACGUCGUAUCGCCAACGAGCGCUCAUUUCCCCACGGAAGGUACUGCCCCCAGCCCCCCGGUGCGGAGACGCAGCGCAUUAGCGCGCGGGGAGCGGGGCGACGCGGAGACGGAGGUGCUGCUGCAGGGCCUGCUGAGCUCCGCGCCUGCGAGCCGCCGGUUAGCAGCGCUGGGCCUCGUGCUUCUGCUCAACGGCGUGGGACAUGGCGCGGCGGGCGCGUGGAAAUCAAGCGCAGCGGAGGAACCCGCGUCGGCGGAGGAGACCCUGUCCCCCUGCAGCAGCGUUGGCAGCUGCGAUUUGCCAGCCGAUCACGAAGACGACACGGCUUGCACCUCCUCGUUCCGCGCCGCCGACCCAUGGGCCACGCCGCAAGAUUGCGCGACCGGCUCGCUCGCUGCCUCCCACGCGGCCGAUCCAGUUGUCGGCUCGAAGCGGCGCCGCGUGGACAGCUUCGCGUCGCUUGCGACUGCGCAGGACACGUGGCAGUCAGCGCAGGAGGCGGGUGCGGAGGGGCGGGGGCAGGAUCAGGCGGUGGGGAGCGGGGCGGGAGAGGAGGCGCAGGGCGGACAGACGGAGGAGUUUUGGCAGCAGCAGCGGCAGCAGCUGGUGGAGGCGAUUCAGACGCUGCUGCAGGGAUGCGCGCAGCUGCAGCGCUCGUAG